UGUUUGUUGAAAAAAAUGAAGAAUUCAUUGACUUUAUCAGAUGUUUGCAAGGGCUAUUUUCGUUUUCAAUAAUAAUAUAUCGUGAAUAUGCUCUAAAUACAUGCGGCACGAAACAAAAGCCAUCAGUUGAAAAGACGAAGUUGUGAAAUUAACUUAAGAACGUUGAAAUCAAUUUAAAACAUUGAAAAAAGACUUAAAAUGAGUUUGAAAAGUUUGUUCAUAAUUUUUGUGAUUAUCGUAGCCAUGACGAACACGUUAACGAGUCAAGUUCUGCCCGCAGUAAAAGUGCCACAAUUGCAGCAACCAACAGUUACACAGGCUCAAGUACUUCAACAAACAACAUCGCGAUUGCCGCAAAUACCACCGUUGACGACAACUCCUCAGCUCCCGACAUCCCCACAGACACCAAGCUUGCCACAGACACCAAGUCUUCCACAGACACCAAACCUUCCACCGACACUAAACCUUCCACGAACGCCACAGCUCCCGAGAUCCCCACAGAUACCAGGCCUGCUACAGACACCUAACCUUCCACAGACACCAAACCUGCCACAAACACCAAACCUGCCACAAACACCAAACCUUACACCGACACCAAAUCUUUCGCAACCACCGCAGCUUCCCCCAAUCACUCAAAAUCCAGCAACACCUUUGCCACCCGCUGGCCGUUGUGUUUGUCCUUCAGAUUACGCACCUGUGUGCGCUACAGAUGAUGAUAUCACAUAUAACACAUAUGCCAAUGCAUGCCUUGCAACUUGCUCAGAAUUUGGAGAGUCGAAUGUGCGCAUAGUUUAUAAAGGUCCAUGUAAAACUAAUCCUGAAUGCUUCUGUCCAGACGUAUACCUACCAAUUUGCGGGUCAGAUGGAAAAACAUAUGGAAAUGCCUGCGAAUUGAGUUGCAACGAGGGAGUGGCACAAGUUUGCAAAGGUGAAUGCAAAAUAUGUUUAAGAGCGUGCGGUUGUACGAAAGAUCGGAACGCAGUUUGUGGUUCAAAUGGUAUCACUUAUGCCAAUGAAUGUCUACUGCGUUGUGCACAAGAAAUCUCGGACGUAGAGAAAGAUUGCGAUGAUGAAUGUCCAUGUUCAAAACCGUGUCCAUGUCCACCCUAUAUCUUAUCACUCAUAAAAUGUCUGACGGAUAAAUUAGUCCAGAUAAUAUAUUAUCUACUCUCUUGUCUCUAAAUCUGUGAAUUUGCUUUGAAUUUAUAAAAAUAAAUGAAUGU